AUGGCCCAAGUGGCCUGCUACUUAGUUCGUCGGCCCGACCCGGGCGACCUAGGCGUGGGCAGCUUCGGCGUCUACGAACGCGCCUCCGCCCGGCUCGAGUUCGAGGACUCCGGCUGGACCGGCGUCUCCGCUGGAAGGAAGCAGCGGAAGCGGCGGAAGAAGCUCGUCCAGGACUGGCUUUUGGGGUCUGGCCGCAAACUGGUCAAGGAACUCUUUUCGGUCCCACGGGUCGCGGACAGUCUGAAGGGGCAGGGCUAUCCUGUUUCCAAGAGUCUGGAUUUACGGACCGGUUAUGAUCUCGGGUCUCCGUCAGGGGAACGUGCGAUGUGGAGUAUCAUAGAGCGAGAUCGGCCCGAGGUCAUAGUCAUGAGCCCUGAGUGUCUGGCCUUCUCCGUUGCCCGUCGUCCCAGCUGGCGUCGACUCAAGGGAACCGACCUCGCAGACCCCGAGACCGCCGGCCUCAAGUUCAUGUCCCUGUGCGUUAGAGUGGCCGAAAACCAGAUGGGUCGGGGCCGUGGUUUCCUUCUUGAGCACCCCGAGGGUGCCAGCUCCUGGGAAAUGGACUCGGUGCGGGAAAUCUUGAAUCGGCCGAGUGUCGUGUCGGGGGUUGCCGAUCUCUGCCAGUGCGGCUUGUCCGUGAAGGGAGGGGAACCCAACAAGAAACCAACCAGGUUCAUGACCAAUCGUGCGUCUAUUUUGCAGCCCCUCCUGCUCAGGUGCGACGGGAGUCAUCAGCAUCGUCAGCUCUGUGGCAGGGCCCUCACGCGAGCGGCCCAGAACUACCCCCCGGGACUUGUCCAGGCCAUGUGCGAGGGAAUCCUGGAGUCAGCUCGCAUCGUCGCCCUCGGGCACCGGGAGGAAACCCUGUGGUCCGGCGUCUGGGAGGAUCCCGAGUGGCUGGCCGAGAGAAGGGUGACAGGG